AUGCCAGGCUCACUCUCCCUUUUCACCGUCAACGCGGUCCUCAUCAUGUCCACGGACGACAGCUCCCGCAUCUUCGCCAAAUACUACUCCCCUCCUCACCCUCCAGCCGGCGUCCCAGCAACUUCGACCGACUACCCCGGCGCAAACCCUUACCCGACAGUAAAAGAGCAAAAGAACUUUGAGAGCGGGUUGAUGGAAAAGACGAAUAAACAGACCAAUGACGUGAUCCUGUACGACAAUCGGGUGGUUGUGUUCAAGCUUGAGAAUGAUGUGAUGAUGUAUGUUGUGGGUAGUGCGGAUGAGAAUGAGGUUUUGUUGUAUAAUGUUGUUGUUGCGUUGAGGGAUGCGUUGGGAAUAUUAUUCAAAGGAGCCACCGACAAACGCACAAUCAUCGAAAACUACGACCUCGUCUCCCUCGCUAUAGACGAAAUUAUUGACGAUGGCAUUAUCCUCGAAACCGACCCUGUCCUCAUCGCUUCUCGAGUUAGCCGCGCGCCCACAGCAGAUGCACCCAACAUGAAGAACAUUGAUCUCUCAGAACAAGGCCUGCUUAAUGCAUGGGAGUUUGGUCGACGCAAAUUGGCCGAGCAAUUGCGGCAGGGUCUUUAA